UGCAAGACCUGCGAGAAGGACUAUUGCAAGGCGUGCGCGACUCCUUGGCAUCACGGCAUGUCGUGCAAGGAGUACCAGAAGCUGCCGGCGCAUCUGAAAACGAACGACGACGUCGCGCUUCUGAACCACGCGUACCGCGAGGUCCUCCGCCCGUGUCCGAGAUGCCGUCAUCUCGUGGAGAAAAACCCGGACGGGUGCAACCACAUCGUGUGUCGCUGCGCGUGUCACUUUUGCUACGCGUGCGGA